GGCCCUCGAGGGGGAGGCCUGGACGCCAUCUCAGCCGGCGAACCCCGGGGCCCACCGACCUCCCGGCAACACCUCCCUUCCCCAGGGCGUAGCUCCCACCUCAUAGCUGACCGCCACCGGCCCUUCCUCCUCAGAGUGAAAUCAUGAAGGUGGUGAACCUGAAGCAAGCAAUUCUACAAGCCUGGAAGGAGCGAUGGAGUGACUAUCAAUGGGCAAUCAACAUGAAGAAAUUCUUUCCCAAAGGAGCUACCUGGGACAUUCUCAACCUAGCAGAAGCACUGCUGGAGCAGGCCAUGAUUGGACCUUCCCCCAAUCCUCUCAUCCUGUCCUACCUGAAGUAUGCCAUUAGUUCCCAGAUGGUGUCCUACUCCUCCGUCCUCACAGCUAUCAGUAAGUUUGAUGACUUUUCCCGGGACCUGUGCGUCCAGGCUUUGCUGGAUAUCAUGGAUAUGUUUUGUGACCGACUAAGCUGUCAUGGCAAAGCUGAGGAGUGCAUCGGGUUGUGUCGGGCCCUUCUCAGCGCCCUCCACUGGCUGCUGCGCUGCACUGCAGCCUCUGCAGAGCGGCUCCGGGAGGGGCUGGAGGCAGGCACUCCCGCUUCUGGGGAGAAGCAGCUGGCCAUGUGCCUGCAGCGGCUGGAGAAGACCCUCAGCAGCAACAAGAACCGGGCCCUGCUCCACAUCGCCAAAUUAGAGGAGGCCUCCUCCUGGACAGCCAUUGAGCAUUCUCUCUUGAAGCUUGGGGAGAUCCUGGCCAAUCUCAGCAACCCCCAGCUCCGGAGCCAGGCUGAGCAGUGUGGCACACUCAUUAGGAGCAUCCCCACCAUGCUGUCUGUGCACUCGGAGCAGCUGCACAAGACUGGCUUCCCCACGGUGCACGCAGUGGUUCUGCUCGAGGGCACCAUGAACCUGACCGGCGAGAUGCAACCCCUAGUGGAACAGCUGAUGAUGGUGAAGCGCAUGCAGCAUAUUCCCACCCCACUUUUCGUCCUGGAGAUUUGGAAAGCUUGCUUUGUGGGGCUCAUCGAGUCUCCAGAGGGGAUGGAGGAGCUCAAGUGGACAGCUUUCACCUUCCUCAAGAUCCCACAGGUUUUGGUGAAGUUGAAGAAAUAUUCUCACGGGGACAAGGACUUUACUGAGGAUGUCAACUGUGCUUUUGAGUUCCUGUUGAAGCUCACGCCCCUGCUGGACAAAGCUGACCAGCGCUGCAACUGUGACUGCACAGACUUCCUACUGCAGGAAUGCAGCAAGCAGGGGCUUCUGUCUGAGGCCAGUGUGGACAACCUUAUGGCCAAGCGGACGGCAGACCGGGAGCAUGCGCCCCAGCUGAAGUCAGGAGAGAACGCCAAUAUCCAGCCCAACCCCGGGCUGAUCCUCCGGGCAGAGCCCACCGUCACAAACAUCCUCAAGACGAUGGAUGCAGACCACUCCAAGUCCCCUGAGGGGCUGCUGGGGGUCCUGGGCCACAUGCUGUCCGGGAAGAGCCUGGACUUGCUGCUGGCUGCCGCCGCUGCCACUGGGAAGCUUAAGUCCUUUGCCCGGAAAUUCAUCAAUUUGAAUGAAUUCACGACACACAGCAGCGGAGAAAGCACCAAAGCAGCCUCCGUUCGAGCCUUGCUCUUUGACAUCUCCUUCCUCAUGCUGUGCCAUGUGGCCCAGACCUAUGGCUCUGAGGUGAUUCUGUCCGAGUCAAGCACAGGAACAGAAGUGCCCUUCUUUGAGACCUGGAUGCAAACCUGCAUGCCUGAGGAAGGCAAAAUCCUGAACCCUGACCAUCCAUGCUUCCGUCCUGACUCCACCAAAGUAGAGUCCCUAGUGGCCCUGCUCAACAACUCCUCGGAGAUGAAGCUGGUGCAGAUGAAGUGGCAUGAGGCCUGUUUCAGCAUUUCAGCAGCCAUCUUGGAAAUCCUCAAUGCCUGGGAGAAUGGGGUACUGGCCUUUGAGUCCAUCCAGAAAAUCACAGAUAAUAUCAAGGGAAAGGUAUGCAGUCUGGCUGUGUGUGCUGUGGCUUGGCUCGUAGCCCACGUGCGGAUGCUGGGGCUGGAUGAGCGUGAGAAGUCGCUGCAGAUGAUCCGCCAGCUGGCAGGGCCGCUGUAUAGUGAGAACACCCUGCAGUUCUACAAUGAGAGGGUGGUGAUCAUGAGCUCGAUCCUGGAGCACAUGUGUGCUGAUGUGCUGCAGCAGACCGCCACGCAGAUCAAGUUCCCAUCCACGGGCGUGGACACCAUGCCCUACUGGAACCUGCUGCCCCCCAAGCGACCCAUCAAGGAGGUGCUGACCGAUGUGUUUGCCAAGGUGCUGGAGAAGGGGUGGGUGGACAGCCGCUCCAUCCACAUCUUUGAUACACUGCUGCACAUGGGCGGCGUCUACUGGUUCUGCAACAAUCUGAUCAAGGAGCUGCUGAAGGAGACACGCAAGGAGCACACGCUGCGGGCGGUGGAGCUGCUCUACUCCAUCUUCUGUCUGGACAUGCAGCAAGUGACCCUGGUCCUGCUGGGCCACAUCCUGCCUGGCCUGCUCACCGACUCCUCCAAGUGGCACAGCCUCAUGGACCCCCCUGGCACUGCCCUUGCCAAGCUUGCCGUCUGGUGUGCCUUGAGUUCCUACUCCUCUCACAAGGGACAGGCGUCCUCCCGCCAAAAGAAGAGGCACCGUGAGGAUAUUGAGGAUUAUAUCAGCCUCUUCCCCUUGGACGACAUUCAGCCCUCGAAGCUGAUGCGCCUGCUGAGCUCCAAUGAGGAGGACACCAACAUCCUUUCGAGUCCCACUGACCGGUCCAUGAGCAGCUCCCUGUCAGCCUCCCAGCUCCACUCCGUGAACAUGAGAGACCCACUGAACCGAGUCCUGGCCAACCUGUUCCUGCUCAUCUCGUCUGUCCUGGGCUCGCGCACGGCCGGCCCGCACACGCAGUUCGUGCAGUGGUUCAUGGAGGAGUGCGUGGGCUGCCUGGAGCAGGGCAGCCGGGGCAGCAUCCUGCAGUUCAUGCCCUUCACCACCGUGUCGGAACUGGUAAAGGUGUCUGCCAUGUCCAGCCCCAAGGUGGUUCUGGCCAUCACGGACCUCAGCCUGCCCCUGGGCCGCCAGGUGGCUGCCAAGGCCAUCGCAGCGCUCUGAGGGGCCUGGGGAGCUCUGUCCCUGUGCCCCACCAGGGAGCUGCAAGGAGAGAUGAGGCAUUACCACUCACAUCCAUAGGAUGUAGGAGCCCUUUGCUGGCUUCCAGAUCUUUCCCCUGCUACUGACUUCUGACCUCUAAGGUCUCCCAGUUCCUUUCUGGCAUAAUUUCCUCACCUGGCUGAAGCAGCCAGGCUCCUCAGCCCUGGGUGGUCGCCCCACACCACUGCGUUCUGGUGCUGUGACCCCCCUUCGGAGAGUAGAUUACCUCUGAGGAACUGUCAGCGCGCAGAGUAUGUAUGUAUUUAUUUUUUUGUAAUACAUAAGGGAAGUUCACCUCAGCUCAUUUAUAAAUAAAGACACUGUGGACCCCUUUGUGAGGCUAAGUACUGUCGCUGC